AUGGUGCGGACCGAUGAAGCCCGAAGCACACCUCCGCGUGGCAGUGUGGAUCUUGCCCAUCUGGACGAGACUGUGGAACCGGUUGACUAUGCAAAGAUGCUGGAAGAAGCUGCAGAAGCUCCAAGUCUUCCACCGCUACCCGGAGGCAUCACACAGAGUGAGCAUGAAGUGCAGAUGGCGAACCUGGAGGUCCGCUUGCGUCAGCACUGUUUGGACCUCAUUGGCCCAACUGUUCGGAGAGCAGCUGCCUUCGAGCAUGACGUGACGCAGGUGCAGGACGACCUCCAGCUGAAGUCGGGACAGAUCUCCGAUCUAAUGCUCACCGCGAACAAGGUGGAGCAGCAGGUGGCCACCAUCGAAAACUUCAGAAUCGAGCUUGCAAAGUAUGAUUCCGAGCGGAAGCAAUGGCAAGCGACUGCGACCGACUCCCUGAGCUGCAUGAAGCAGGAGCCGCGGUGCAGUCACGAAGGCUGCGUGGUCUUGAAAGAAGCAUGCGCGACAUUCCACUCCAACAUGCCAUGGGCACUGCCUGCUUGUCUGAGAGCUCGCGGACUCCAGCCAGCUCUCUGCGGUGAGCAGGCCUUGUUGUCGGCUUGGAGGGCCGGGAAGGGGCCGCCCUCCAAGAGAGGGAACGAGGUUAUGGCCGGAAGUCGGCGGGGUCUGCUCGAGCUGCGCCCACUGGGUGCUUGUGCAGAGUUGGGCGACAAGAAGCGACUGGCCAUGUACCUUGAGAGAUGUGGUCUCAGCAUGUGGGCGCCUCUCACAAUCUUCACUCCGCAUGACAUGUCCAAAUAUGGCGAGUGCGACAGCUGCGUGCUAUGGUUCCUGAAGCAUGCUCGCAAAGAGCGGAACGAAGGAGUUUCUGUACACUUGGGGGCCAAAACCUGCCAAAGUGCGUGGCUAGCCGUCGCCCAAGAAGAGCAAGAUGACUAUGUCGCUCAGCGGGAAGUACCUGCAGUCCUACUGGAUGAGGAAGACCGGAAGCUAACAUUUCGGAUCUAUUUGCUAUUGGUGGCGCAACACGAAUCGUCCUCUGCCAUGGCGCUCGUGCGCCGAGAGUUCAUUUGCAGAUCACACCCGGCAGCAUAUGAUGCAGCCGAUCCGGAUUCUUCCCGACACGUGCACAGUACUCUUGAUGUCUUUAAAGAUGUUCAGGGGAGGAGCAGCAAAACGUUUUCUCAAUCUGCAGCGGUUUGGCCGGCGAUGUUGAGCAUGUUCAAGGCGGUUCUGGAACCUUUCCUGGAAACUUUUGCAGUCGCCAGCGAUGCAGGUUCUGUGAUGAGCUUCGAGCUUCUGGGAGCCGAUGUCCUCUUGGAUAAAGAAGGGCAGCCCUGGCUCCUGGAGGUGAACCAAGGGCCAGCCCUGCUUCCUGUCCGAGGCAAUCCAGCAGCAACUGCAGCUCGAGUCGCGGUUCUCGACGAUCUUCUCAAGGUCCUCGUGGAUCCGAUUCUGCGAUGCGGAUGCCUAGAGGAGGUGUGGAAAAAAGCUUCGAACUCCAAUGAGUGGGACUUUCUGGCAAGCUGGCCGAAGAGUGCAGAUUGUGAGAAGCAUGUUCGGGGCCCCAGCAACUCCACCGUGGUACUUUGGAGACUGAAGCUGAGCCUAUGCCAUGAAGAGCUGGAAUUGCUGGUGGACCUAGAUGUCUUCCGCUACGAGCUGGAGCGCAUGGACGCCUCCGUGCAGGGGACACAGCGCACGGUGGACCGCGUGGUCGGUGAACUAGGUCGCGUCCAGGAUGUAGGAGACUCGCUUCGGGCAGAUUUGGAGAAGCGGCUCUCGCAGCAGAGCAAGAUGUUGAAUGUCUUCAAAAUGGAGCUCGAGGUGAAGCUGGUAAGCCUUGAGAAUCGCUAUGACAAGCUGAGUGAUGACCUGUGGGGUGAAGAGACAGGACUAGCGAAGGUCAUGCAUGAUCUUUCCCACACGAACGAGGUGGUCACCAGCAUGAGCACCGAGUUUGCUUCCAUGAAGCACGACAAGGCGAGCAUUGCCCAGCUCCAGAUGGUCCAGGAGGAGGUUAACAACUUCACCCUGGAGACCAACAACAACGUCACCGCCCUGCAGCAGACUGUUGACAGGAUGAUGGCAGACAUGAAAGCCCACUUUCAGACAGCCACGAACACAGUGGCGGCGCACAAUGCUGCCAUGCUACAGGAGGUUCGGACAGCCUACCAAGAAGAGUUGCAUGAGGCGGCUCAGGUUCGCAAGAAGGUCGAUGAGUUCAUGCAGUCCGAGCGUGAGUAUCGUCGAACGUUAGAGGACAGCAUUUGCAAAUCCCAAGCUCAGACAGAAGACCUCGUGCGCCAGGUGACCUCAGAAGUCGAAGAGGUAGGCAAGCUUCGGCGCCGAGAUCGCAAUAGCCAAGAGGUUGAAAUCAAAGCCGUGGCCAAGUCGCUCGCGACUGUGCAAGAUUCCUCGCAGCAUGUUGCGCAGAGCCUGGAACACUUGAGCGCUGUGAUCUGGACGAUGGUGCAGUGCGAACGAGCGGCAUCAGCGUUGGACCUCCAGGAUGAUCAAGACAGAUCAAAAAUCGCGCUGAUGGGCUACAAGGAAGAGCAGUCGGAGAGGCCUCGAGGAUCGAAAUCCCGCAAGGGCCGAGCCUCUUCGCCCUCGGCAAGUGAGGCAGAUGGUCAGACCAUCAUCAACGUGGACGAGCGUUGUCUCAGCUGCUGCGGAAAAGCACAGACUGUUCUUUCAGGCUUCAAGAUGGCCUGCUUGCAGUACUCUCCAGCGCCAGUUGUCUUCUCGCGCAAGACCUACAACAGGUCUGACUUACUUGGCCUUCGGGAGAAGCUUCUGUCACAGGUGCACGAUGCACUACAGCAUGGGCCGGUGGAGUUUGACAAGGCCGAAAUCUUCGGAGCCACGGCGAACGCGACGAUAUCUUCAGGUGCGAUUGUGGACUCUCUGACAGGCAUGAGUCUCGGCGAUCUCGGCGAUCCGUCAAGUAAGACGAAUGCACCAAGGCGGUCUCGUACGGGACACUUGCUGUUGGAUCUGAGAGAGGACUGGAUGUCUCAAGCCUUUGAUUUGCUCCAGCCGCGAGCGGAGACCGUACUGAUGGCCCAGCCUGAGAAAACAGAGUCCGCCUUUAUGGUCACGGAUGGGUCUCGGUCUGAAGCUGAAGGCCCUAAGGAUGUGGAGGCCCAGAAGGUUGACAGUGGAGCAGAAGCCGUGCAAGUGUGCAACUUUGGUCAGCCUGCAGCAGGAGAUUGUAGAGUUUCAGGUAGUGAUCCCGCUCUUCUUGCGCAUGAGUGUCAACUUUCUGAUGCCGGGAAUGCCACGGCCCAAGCUUCGUCAGCCCCACCUGGGAUGAAGCCCUUCGCGAUCCUCGCGACUCUCCUAGCUGCUCAUGGCAACUUCCUUGGACGAGCGAAGCCCAAGGCCAGCAAGGAGAAAGCAAUGCCUCUCGACCCAUCUCGCACAGUGGAGGCCGAUCCUCGCGACCCGAGACUCAGCUAUGUCCCGCGGGUUGGCAAGCACGGACUGCGGCGCUCUCCGGGACCCCUUCCAGCGGAUACCCAGGAGGCAGUGGAUGGAAACCUACCGGACGUGGGCAUCGAGAACCUGCGGGACAAGGAGAUCGGCUGGGCUGCAGCCGAGAAGUCGGCAGAAAAAUACUUGGCGCAGGUUCGUCACCAGAGACAGUCAGCUGUGGCGAAGACCCGCGGUGCUGCGGCCAAAUCAACUCCUCGGCCGGUUUCUCAGAUGCCCACCGGAACAGCAGCCGAGGGAAGCCCGGGAAAAUCCUCAGCGUCAGACGAGUCCAGCCUGGUGGUCAUCGACAAGGAGGAUUUGGUGGCGCACCCGGGAGAGAACCACGUGAACUUCGAGAACCUCGCAGAGUCGAACGAACAGAACUUCGAGAACCUCACAGAGUCGAACGAACAGAACGUCGAGAACCUGGGGGUCUUUAGUGAUGAAGAGUUGCUCGAGACACUAGCCAGGUCCUUGUAUCAAGCCAAGAGCUUUAGCAUGGAAGCCAUGGAGGAGGUCACGUCGUUGAUGACACCCGUGCAUGCCAGGACAUCUAGGUCGUUCUCCAAGAUCAAGGGCAAGGACUCAGCAGUGGUUCACUUAGGCAUGUUCAGUCAUGGUGCGAUGAGUGGAGUCAUGAAUCAGACUUGGAGGUUCCCAUGGUUGACUAGAUACACAAAUGCGUGGCUCCGAAGCCAGACUAAGAUGGAGUCAGCAACAUGGACAUCUGUGGCUUUUUCAGUAAACACAGAGGCCCGACCACAUCGUGACCUUCACAACUUGGAGGGCAGUCUGAAUCACCUUGUGACGUUUGGGACCCAUGAAGGAGGAGAAGUUUGGCUUAGAGCCCCCCCCGAAAGCCAAGGGGAGCAGAACGUCCUUUGGAGAAGGAAAGGACCCCAUGGCCAGCUGAUGACCGGAGAGAUCCGGCCCACUUGGCAUGAAGUGGUGGCCUUUGAUCCAAAGAGUUGGCAUGCCACUAUGAGAUGGACUGGACGAAGGGUGGCGCUGGCCGCCUACACCACUCGACUGGUGACGAAGGCCCAACCGGAGACCUUGGAAGACCUCAGAACCUUUGGCUUCCCAUUGCCAAAGAAACCCAGCAGUAUGUCUGGGUUCUUCCAUCUGAGUGAGGAGCCUCCCCAGGAUGAAGUGAAGUUGGAGGACCACGAGAAGGAAGAGAUCCUGGCCGUCCUCAAUGAGUACAAGGAAGUGAUCCAUGAAGAUCCCGAGGAGAGAAAGGGCGGCUUCAAUCAAGUGGUGGAGCUCGGGUCCCCUGGAGACUCUCAGCUUCGGAUGAACCUGGAACGUGGAGGAGCUGUGGUGACCAGCGUAUCCUUCAAGGAGGGAUGUGACUUAUCAACCCAAGCCGGGACCGAGCGCACCAUUCGAUUCCUUGGAGAGUUGUUACCCGAGAGGCUAUCUCCAUUGGAUGCAAAGCGCUGUGGAUCCACCAUGGGAGUGAACGUCUGGAACGAUUCUCUGAAGUCAGAGAGUUUUGGAGGAGCUACCAAGAUCACCAUGGAGGUCAUGGUGACGCAGGCGGAGAAAGAGAUUUUGGAAACAAUGGAGAAGAAGGAGCUUGAGGCUAUGAUGGAGCGAGUUCACAAGAUUCAUUGUCGACUCGGGCAUCCGUCGAACCGCCUCCUGAUCCGCAAUCUUAAAGUGCGAGGCGCAGAUCCGAAGUUAAUUGCGGCGGCCUCACAACUCACUUGCGACCAAUGCCAAGAAGGCAAGCGAAAAGCCCGGAGACCCAUGGUUCAGACGGAGAAGUCAGAACGACUCUGGGAAGUUCUUCAAAUGGACCUUUGCCACCACCGCAUUGGCAAUCAGAUCCACCACUUCUUGGUGAUGCAAGAUGAGGCAUCGGGGUAUGCCGUGAUUCGGCGCAUCAAGGUGACGCCGGAGACUGAAGGAUGGAAUGCCUCAUCCGCCGAGAUCAAGGUGCUGGUGCAGGAGGCAUGGUUCCAGUACUUUGGACCUCCAUCCGUGAUCAAGCUCGACGCCGAGGGUGCUCUACGGGGUCAUCUGGUUACUGACUUGGCUGAGGAGCACGGGGCAGAACUACAAGUAUGCCCAGCUGAGCAUCAUGAGUUCUUAAGUGAAGUGGAACGUCUGAUUGGAGUGCUGAAGGUGAAGAUCGAAACCUUCUUGAGAGGCAACCCCGUGGAUCCCAAUCAAGCUGCUCUGGCCAUCAUCCAGGCACACAACACGCAUGCCAGAAUCCACGGAUUCAGCCCCCUUCAAUGGACAAUGGGGCGGGACUUUGAUGCCGGCGGAGCCUUAGUUCCCCGACCUGGUGAGCUGGCGGCACUAUCGGCAUCGGCGACCCCGGGAACAGAGGCCUUCCAGAAUCGGGAACUUCGUCUACAAGCAGCUAAGGCCUUUAUGGAGCAUCGGGAACGACAAUGGGCAUCCCGGGCAGCGAAUACAAGGCCUCACCCUUCAUCUGUAUAUCUCCCUGGAGAUCUGGUGUUCUAUCAGCGCCUACGACACCCAGCAGACAUGGUGUCUAAUCGGCUGGUGGACAGGCCGAGAAUGAGAACCUCCAGGUGGUUUGGACCGGCAAGGGUGCUAGCCGCCGAGACAAAAGGAGAACCUGGAGACCGAAAACCGUCCGCCCAUGUCUGGAUCAUUGCGUCUGGGAGGCUGAAGAAAGCUCAUGUGUCUCAGUUGAGACACGCAAGCGAGACGGAGAAGAUGAUUGCAGAAUCAUCUGAGACUGUAGUCUACCCGUGGACGCUGACGAGUCUCUCGGCAACGAUGAAUCGAGGAGCCUACGAGGACCUCACUGUUCCUCCUCUACCUCAUCACCGAGUUCUUCCGACCGGCGAUGAUCGAGCUCCUGGCGAAGAACCUCCCCCUGUCCCCGGAGAUCCUGAACUACUUCCGGAUACCGAAGUUGCUGGCGAUGGUCAUGGAGAGCCUUCAGAAGAGGAGCUCCUUCCUGACCGGAGGGUAGAGAAUCUGAAGCGAGCAGCCCCGGAGCCGAAUGUGGGAGACGAGGAGCUUCUUCGAGAUGAAGACGCGUUGGAUUUGGAUAGACUCCUCAACGACCCGGAUUACGUGCCCCUGGGUCCCAUACCUCCUGCUCCUCCUCACACCUCAAGACCCAGUUCUAGUUUUCAAGAGCAGCGAGCACAACAUGAACUACAAGACCGGCCUCUGCACGUCCUUCGUCAAGGCGAAGGUCAAACCUUCUGGGCUGCGCCGCAAGAGGAACGACUCUAUGCGGUUACCAUCCCGGCACCGGAGAAUGCAGCAGAGUGGAAGAAGAUGGUGAAGAACCCAUCUAAGUUCGUUGCGAAGACGAUGCAGAAGGGUGUGGAGGUAACCUGGGGUCGGCUGUCUGAUCGGCAGCGAGCGGCGAUGCAGGAGGCAAAGAGCUUGGAAGUUCAGCAAUGGCUGAAAACUAAGGUGGCCCGGAAGGUGAGUGAGCAUGUUGAUCCUCAAUCGCUCAUCGGAAUGAGAUGGGUGCUGACGUUCAAAGCAGCUGAACCAGAUGCCCAGGGACGAGAACAAGUCAAGGCGAAGGCGAGGAUUGUGGUGCUCGGCUACAGCGCACCGAGCUUGCUGGAGGAACCCACUACAUCCCCAACGAUGAGUCGGUUGAGCAGGCAGCUGAUCCUCAACAUGGCUUGCGCUAAGAAAUGGCCGAUUGGAUCAGGUGAUGUUAAAACAGCGUUCCUACAAGCCAGACCUGAGGAACGCACCCAGCGACUCCUCGCUCGACCUCUGCCGGAGCUUGCUGAAGCUUUGAAGCUGGGACCGCAUGAGGCUGUGGAGUUGGCGGGUUCAGCUUAUGGCUUAGCGCAGGCCCCACGAGAGUGGUUUGUUGAUAUUCAGAAGACGCUUCGCAGACUGGGAGCAAGGCAAUGCCGCACCGAUCCGUGUGUGUGGCGGAUCUUCGACUCGUCAGGUCGGGUGUGUGGGAUCAUAGGAUCCUAUGUGGACGAUUUUUUGUUCACUGGAGAUCCGAGCUCAGCAUCCUGGGCGCGCUUCCUGAAGUCCUUCGAGGAGGCCUACACCUGGUCUCCCUGGGAAUGGGAGAGCUUUGAUUUCUGCGGUUUGCGCCUCACUCAACAUGGUGACAGCUCUGUCACCAUUGACCACUCAGCCUUCUGCCGUGACCUGACUCAAAUGCCAGCAGUGUCAGGACCAUCCAGGCCGAUGACGGAUGGGGAACUCAGCCAGGCACGAGCUGUGCUGGGCAGUGUGCAAUGGAGGGUCACCCAAUCUGGACCCCAGCACGCCGCCAAGCUAGGCCACCUGCAAAGCCUUCUAGCCUCCAAAGACUCCGAGUGCAUCAACCAGAUCAACAAGUUGGUGCGAGAAGUGCAGAGCUCGCGCCAUCUGGGAACUCAUGUUCAGAACCUUGGCAACUGCGCAGCCGAGGACCUAGUGUUCACUGGCUGGAGCGAUGCCUCGCUUGCGAAUAGACCUGACCUUUCAAGCACAGGAGGAUUUCUUAUAGGACUGAUGACGCCAACAGAUGUGCUAGCAGGCCAUGGGCGGGUCAACAUGGUCUCAUGGAGGUCACAGAAGUUGCCAAGGGUAGCCCGCAGCUCCCUUGCGGCAGAGAGCCAGGCUCUCUCUUUGGCCGAGCAAGAGAUGAUGUGGUGUCGCCUUACUUGGAGAGAACUCCUCGGGGACGAGAUCGACUUGUCAAAGCCCUCCGAGUACACGAUCAAGACCAAGGCCUACCUCAUCAUUGACGCCCGCGGGGUCUAUGACGCUCUUCUGAAAGGCGCUGACUUUUCAUCCGGCUUCAACCUAAGAGACAAGUACUCGGCCCUUGACCUGAUGGGAGUGGCCGACCAACUGAAAGCUCAAGGCACCCUGUUGGAAUGGUGUGACAGCGACCACCAGCUUGCCGACGGACUUACCAAGAGCAGCAAGCAAGACUCGCUGAAGAAGUUCCUUACAACGGGUACCUGGCGACUGAGGAGCCGCUUCGUCAACUCCGAGCUGGACCUUGCUGCCUCACCACAGGCAGAGCUCGACGAUGGCAAGCCGCCAGUCCAAGCCUUGCGUUUGAUUCUUGCCGCAGCCGCUGCAGGUGGGAAGAAAAGGAAGUCCAAGAGACGCAGCAGCAGUGGCGGUUCUUCCCUUCACACGUUGCCGGUGCUUGCCACCUGCACAGCCUUCAGAGAGUCCAGGAGCGCCGCAGGUCGCUCCGCGCUCCUUGACCUCCAAAUCUCAGGACGAGCAACUGCAGGAAGCAGCGAGGCUCAUCGAGGUCAACGCUGGGUGCCAAGGCUCGACGCGAUCCCAAGCUGUCUCCGGGACAGUGGAUUCGAGCUCCCGCGUCUUCGGGUUGCAGUCUUCAAUGCGUUUAGCCGGGUCGCGCCACAUCCGGCAGCCAGUUGUUGCAAAGUUGCUUUGACGCAGACGCCAUGGUUCUUCAGCCAGGCCGUCUCGCGCUUUCUGCACAUCGGAUCGGCACGAAAGCAGCACGGGCAUGGGAAGUGGCUAAGCAUGUUCGCUCCUGUGCGGGUCGAGCUGCUGCAGGUGGAGGACAUUUGGGAAGGACGGCUGCGCAGGUCGACCGGGCCGUACAGCCCUGGAUUCGAUGUUCUCCUGGUGCCGGGUGGGUCAGCCAAGGCAGACUGGCGAACGUUGGGAUCAGAUGGUCGCGAGGCCAUACAUCGUUUCGUGCAGAGCGGUGGGGGCUACUGCGGCAUCUGCGCUGGCGCCUUCCUUGCUCAUCGCCUCAGGCUACUGGAUGCGCUGAAGAAGACCGCACACGAAGGGAAGGAAAGGACGCUGAGCGAAGGAGAAUCAGGUGACGAGCUCGACGAGCCACAAGUAGCUCCACACGUUCCACAAGCGAAGGCGAGCCGCGAUCCGUUUAUGGUAAAUGUGCACUUUACCAAGAGAGGCAAGAGGCUAUUGUGGACCGAAGGUUCGGGGCCUCCAAGUGGCGAAGACGAGCUGCACAACGGGACUGUUCGUAUGCGCUACCACAACGGGCCUUUGCUGAGAGUCCUAAAGGCGUCUCCGGCGGAAGCGCUAUGCAGCAUGACGAGCGACGGCACAGCAGCCUUGCCACGCAGACUGCAAUAG